UUUGACAUUUCGGCUUCCGCUGCCCUGAAAGGCGGGCGAGCGGCACCGGGAGGUGUUUCGUGCUUCGGGUCUCCCGGGGAGCUGAGGCGUUUGGGUCCAUUUGAGCAUCACUUGAGGGAGAGGCGGCGGCGUUUGCUCUUGGUCAGGGCUGUGUCGGGAACCUCCGCGGCCGGGGCCUGGGGCCUGGAGGAGACCGGGGCUGCGGCUUUAGACGUAGACGGUCCCGAGGACGUGCGGCUGCAGAGACCUGCCUCUUCCAUGCCUUGUCUUCUCUGUUAGCAGUGCUCAAGUGCUUUUCUUUGAUUUUUACGAGUAAUUUUGGGAACAUCUUUACGGGCACAUUUCUUUCUCUUGGAGUUGGAAGUCUUCGGAGACAUACCGAGAGCUCACAGUUAGAGUUACAAGGGAUCGAUGCAUAUUCAACUUCGAGAAGGAAAGCAUUAGCGAUCAUCACAGCUAGAGGUGGACGCCUUGUAGGAAGCCAACCUCAGCGAGGCAGACGGCAUGGCUAGCUCAGCCCGGGAUCACCUGCUUUUUGUGCGGCGUCGAAAUCCCCAGAUGCGGUACACACUGAGCCCUGAGAACCUCCAGAGCCUCGCGGCCCAGAGCUCCAUGCCCGAGAACAUGACCCUCCAGCGGGCCAACAGCGACACCGACCUGGUGACCUCCGAGAGCCGCUCCAGCUUGACUGCCAGCAUGUACGAGUACACGCUGGGGCAAGCCCAGAACCUCAUUAUCUUCUGGGACAUCAAAGAGGAGGUGGACCCCAGUGACUGGAUUGGACUCUAUCACAUAGACGAGAAUUCUCCAGCCAACUUCUGGGAUUCUAAAAACAGGGGUGUGACCGGAACACAAAAAGGACAAAUUGUAUGGAGAAUUGAGCCUGGGCCCUACUUUAUGGAACCGGAGAUAAAAAUCUGUUUUAAAUACUACCACGGCAUUAGUGGAGCCCUGAGAGCCACGACCCCCUGCAUCACGGUGAAGAACCCCGCUGUGCUGAUGGGGGCAGAAGGCAUGGAAGGAGGUGCUUCAGGGAAUCAGCAUUCCCGGAAACUCGUUAGCUUUACAUUGUCAGAUCUUAGAGCAGUUGGGCUAAAGAAAGGGAUGUUCUUCAAUCCUGACCCUUACCUUAAGAUGUCCAUUCAGCCAGGGAAGAAGAGCAGUUUCCCCACCUGUGCCCACCAUGGGCAGGAGAGAAGGUCCACCAUCAUCAGUAACACCACUAAUCCAAUUUGGCACCGAGAGAAAUACUCCUUUUUUGCACUUCUUACCGAUGUCUUAGAAAUUGAAAUUAAAGACAAAUUUGCCAAGAGCCGUCCUAUCAUCAAGCGUUUUCUGGGGAAACUCACCAUCCCAGUGCAGAGGCUGCUGGAGCGGCAGGCCAUCGGUGACCAGAUGCUCAGCUACAACCUUGGCCGAAGGCUCCCAGCUGACCACGUGAGUGGGUACCUCCAGUUUAAAGUGGAGGUUACCUCAUCUGUGCAUGAAGAUGCUUCUCCAGAAGCUGUGGGCACAAUACUUGGAGUCAGUACUGUGAACGGAGACCUAGGAAGCCCUUCUGAUGAGGAGGACCUGCCAGGGGGCCAUCAUGACGGCCCAGUUUGUUCUAAUGGACCAGUUUCUGAGGAGAGUGCCGAUGGGACCCCCAAGCAUUCUUUCAGGACUAGCUCUACUCUGGAAAUAGACACAGAGGAAUUAACCUCCACUUCUUCAAGGGCCUCCCCUCCCAGAGGACGUCAGGAUUCACUCAAUGAUUAUUUAGAUGCUAUUGAACAAAAUGGCCACGCUAGGCCAGGCACAGCUACCUGCUCGGAGAGGUCCAUGGGAGCCUCACCGAAACUAAGGAGUAGUUUUCCCACCGACACAAGACUCAAUGCAAUGCUUCAUAUCGACUCAGAUGAAGAAGACCACGAGUUCCAGCAAGACCUGGGUUAUCCAUCUUCCUUGGAGGAGGAAGGAGGGUUAAUAAUGUUUAGCAGGGCUUCCAGAAGUGAUGAUGGGAGCCUGACAUCUCAGACAAAGCCGGAAGACAACCGAGUGGAGAUUGAGGAAGCCUCCAUACAUGAAGCUGCCUCCUUCGAGGAUAAGCCAGAAAAUCUUCCAGAGCUUGCAGAGAGCUCCUUACCCUCAGGCCCAGUCCCAGAUGAAAGUGAAAAUGGGCUGGAGUCUCAACCAAGUGCUGAGCAGGGCAGCACUGAAUUGUAUGGCUCUCAGGAGGUAGAUCAGCCCACAAGUGGGGCAGACACGGGGACUUCCGACACAUCGGGAGGAAGCCGCAGAGCCAUCAGCGAGACCGAGUCCCUUGAUCAGGGGUCUGAGCCAUCCCAGGUGUCCUCUGAGACAGAACCCAGUGACCCUGCCAGGACAGAGAGUGUGAGCGAGGCCAGCACCAGGCCCGAGGGAGAGAGUGACCUGGAAGGCGCGGACAGCUCCUGCAACGAGAGCGUUACCACGCAGCUGUCCUCGGUGGAGACUCGGUGCUCAUCUCUUGAGAGUGCACGGUUUCCCGAAACCCCGGCCUUUUCUUCUCAGGAGGAGGAAGAUGGAGCCUCUGCAGCAGAGCCCACCAGCAGUGGCCCUGCCAAUGGGUCCCAGGAUUCCAUACGUACUCCUGGUCCUUUACCUGUGCUGCAGGAGCCCAGUGGAGAGGAGGAGGGGCCAGGGGCAGAAUCAGCCACUUUACCUGAGCAGGAGGAGGUGGGGGAGGUCUGGCAGCGGAGGGGGAGCCUGGAGGGAGCUGCUGCUGCUGCUGAGAGCCAGCCUCAAGAAGAGGGUGAUGCUGGGGAUGCCCAAGGGGCCUGUGAAGGGGCCACUGCCCAGGAAGAGGGCGCUACUGGAGGUUCUCAAGCCAACGGCCACCAGCCAUUGCGAUCGCUGCCUUCAGUGCGCCAGGAUGUUAGCCGGUACCAGAGGGUGGACGAGGCUCUUCCACCAAACUGGGAGGCGCGCAUCGACAGCCACGGCAGGAUCUUCUACGUGGAUCACGUCAACAGGACCACCACGUGGCAGCGGCCCACGGCGCCCCCCGCCCCGCAGGUGCUGCAGCGCUCGAACUCCAUACAGCAGAUGGAGCAGCUGAACCGGCGAUAUCAGAGUAUCCGCAGAACCAUGACUAACGAGAGGCCGGAGGAAAAUGCCAACGCUGUCGAUGGGGCAGGGGAGGAGGCUGACUUUCACCAAGCCAGUGCGGAUUUCCGACGGGAGAGCGUCCUGCCCCACUCUACCUCCAGAUCCAGGCUCACGUUGCUGUUACAGUCUCCCCCUGUGAAGUUCCUCAUCAGCCCAGAGUUCUUCACCGUGCUGCAUUCUAACCCUAGUGCCUACCGCAUGUUUACAAACAACACGUGUUUGAAGCACAUGAUCACCAAAGUCCGGAGGGAUACCCACCACUUUGAACGCUACCAGCAUAACCGGGACCUUGUGGGAUUCCUCAACAUGUUCGCGAACAAACAGCUGGAGCUGCCGAGGGGCUGGGAGAUGAAGCACGAUCACCAGGGCAAGGCGUUUUUUGUCGACCACAACUCCCGUACCACCACUUUCAUCGAUCCCCGGCUCCCCCUGCAGAGCAGUAGACCCACCAGCGCACUGGUUCAUCGGCAACACCUGACGCGGCAGCGCAGCCACAGCGCCGGCGAGGUAGGAGAAGAUUCUCGACAUGCAGGACCACCAGUUCUUCCCAGGCCGUCGAGUACGUUCAAUACAGUCAGUCGGCCACAGUACCAGGACAUGGUUCCAGUGGCUUAUAAUGACAAGAUUGUUGCAUUUCUGCGCCAACCCAACAUCUUUGAAAUUCUACAGGAGCGUCAACCUGAUCUUACUAGGAAUCACUCACUCAGGGAGAAGAUCCAAUUUAUUCGAACUGAAGGGACCCCAGGAUUGGUGCGUCUUUCAAGCGAUGCGGACCUUGUUAUGUUGCUGAGUUUAUUUGAAGAAGAGAUAAUGUCAUAUGUGCCUCCACAUGCCUUACUCCACCCCAGCUACUGUCAGUCCCCACGUGGCUCCCCCGUGUCCUCUCCCCAGAACUCGCCAGGUACUCAGCGUGCCAAUGCCCGGGCUCCAGCCCCGUACAAGCGAGACUUUGAAGCCAAACUAAGGAACUUUUACAGGAAGUUAGAGACUAAAGGAUAUGGACAAGGCCCAGGGAAAUUAAAGUUAAUUAUCAGAAGAGAUCACUUACUCGAAGAUGCUUUUAAUCAGAUUAUGGGCUACUCCAGAAAGGAUCUGCAGAGAAAUAAGCUGUACGUCACAUUUGUCGGGGAGGAAGGGCUGGAUUACAGUGGGCCUUCCAGAGAGUUUUUCUUCCUGGUAUCCAGAGAACUCUUUAACCCAUAUUAUGGCUUAUUUGAAUAUUCAGCCAAUGACACAUACACAGUACAGAUAAGUCCCAUGUCUGCUUUUGUAGACAAUCACCAUGAAUGGUUCCGGUUCAGUGGUAGGAUUCUUGGUCUUGCACUAAUACACCAGUAUCUGUUGGAUGCCUUCUUCACACGGCCGUUUUAUAAGGCUCUUCUCAGAAUCCUGUGUGACCUGAGUGAUCUAGAAUACCUUGAUGAGGAGUUCCACCAGAGCCUGCAGUGGAUGAAGGACAAUGAUAUCCAUGACAUCCUGGACCUCACGUUCACUGUGAAUGAAGAAGUUUUUGGUCAGAUUACUGAACGAGAAUUAAAACCAGGAGGUGCAAAUAUCCCGGUCACAGAGAAGAACAAGAAAGAGUACAUCGAGAGGAUGGUGAAAUGGAGGAUUGAGAGGGGCGUGGUGCAGCAAACGGAGAGCUUAGUUCGGGGCUUCUAUGAGGUGGUGGACGCCCGGCUGGUAUCUGUUUUUGAUGCAAGAGAACUAGAACUGGUCAUCGCAGGCACAGCGGAAAUAGACCUGAGUGAUUGGAGAAACAACACAGAAUACAGAGGAGGAUAUCAUGACAAUCAUAUUGUAAUUCGGUGGUUCUGGGCUGCAGUGGAAAGAUUCAACAAUGAACAACGACUAAGGUUGUUACAGUUUGUUACAGGCACCUCCAGCAUUCCCUAUGAAGGAUUUGCUUCUCUCCGAGGGAGUAACGGCCCAAGACGAUUCUGUGUGGAGAAAUGGGGGAAAAUCACUGCCCUUCCCAGAGCUCACACUUGUUUCAACCGUCUGGAUCUCCCUCCGUACCCAUCCUUCUCCAUGCUUUAUGAAAAACUCUUGACAGCAGUUGAAGAGACCAGUACCUUUGGACUUGAGUGACCUGGACGCACAAUACCCAGCUCUGUAUGGACAUGCGAUGUCAGAAGCUGCCCUCUAGAAGAAUGGCUGAACGUGGGAAGUUUCAGGAGUACGCUUCCAUUAGAGUAAAGCUGAGUGCUGUUAUUUUCCGGGAACACGUGCUCUGUCGCAUUUGGGGACUGGAUAGUGGUGACGAGUCGUCUUGGAAGGAUUUGGGUGAGCUCGAUGCCCAGGGAACAACCCAACAGUCUUUCAAUCAGCAGUUCUUGACUGCCAAACGUUUUUCCAUUUGUUAUGUUCAAAGACAAAGAUGAACCCGUACGUGAUCAGCUCUGUGGUAACUUUGAGGGACUCAAGAGAAUCUUGAAACUUUUGAAACUUAAUCUUUGAACGUGGUUCCAGCCAAACUGGCAGCACUUGGCCCAAUCUCCAAAUUAGUGCAAGUUAAAUAAUAUAAUAAAAACAAAUAUAUUUCCUGAAA